ACUAAAGCGAGUGGCGAACCCUCCUGUUUUGAUUUCUCUUUCACUGCGGCACUUCUCAACUCUGCUUCAGCCAAAUCAUCCAAGCUUCAGUAUCAUCAAAAAACGCCUUCCCUGAUAUCUCCAUCUGCGGAAAACACCGUCGCCGCCACUCCAACGACGAAAUUUUUCUCCCCCAGAGAGAGUUCUCUUUCUCCCAGGGCCAAGUUACGCGAGGAGAUGCAGCAGCAGCAUCAUGACCUGCUCUCUGCUUCCAUCAAACCCCCCGAAACGAUGGAGUUGGUGCAGAAGUUGGAUGCUCUGCAGAAUUCUGCGCCUUCAGCCAACGUUGCUACUCGACAGAAAAUUUCGGAAUUUCCUGCUGAGGUUUCCAAUCCAGAGGAAGCUGCCAAAAUGAUUGCUCAGAGAAUGGAUAAAGAAGCUCUAAUCCAGCGUAUUCGAAGCGCUUUGAGCCAGUUAGAGGUCUAUAAUGCCAGUCUGGAUGAGGAGAUGACCCAACGACAAAAUCUCUCCUCGAGUCUCCGUGCUUACAAGCAAGCCCUCAGAGAAUCUUGUCAAAACGUUCAAUCCACCAUUCAGGUGAGAGUACACCUCAAGUGCUUAAUCUGGUUUGUUGGUCUCCUGUGCCCUCUCAGCCAUGGUAUUUGUCUGACUCGUUCAAAUGAUGCCGUGCCUCUAAGUUUCCGGGAGAAACGGGCCUUGAUAGGCUCCAUGCAAAACAGUUUGGACAGUCAUAUUUGCAAUCUUCCAGAUGAUCAGAAACCUGAAGCUGAAUUCCUCGAGCCUCUGCCCUCUGUCGGUGAUUUGUUCCGUUGA